AUGUCCCCUCUAGUUUCCAAACAUCUAGCGCUGUUAAUAGUUUUCUUGGUCGUUCGUCCUGGUAUAACUGUAUCCUGUCGAUUCGAAGAAUAUAGAUGGAGUAUCGGUGGUGUCGAGGGCUGCUGCGCCAAGUGUCGAGCGGGAUACUACUUGAGAAAACGGUGCGAAAAUUUCAACGAUAUUGCAGAUUGUCGACAAUGCCCCUCGGGAAAGUAUUCUAAAGAUUGGAACACGUACAGUUCUUGUGCUCAAUGCAGAACCUGUCCCAAAGAAAUCGGUACCACAUAUAAAAAGAAUUGUUCCACCACGUCUAAUGCUGAAUGCUUGUGUGGUAAAGACAAACAAUGGAAUACAGACCUCAAUUCCUGUAUGCCAUGUCAACCAGGAUUUUAUUCAGAUGGAGACGAGAAGCCAUGCAAAAAUCGGACAGAUGGCAUACCUACUACAAGGACCACCAUAACUCAAGGAAGAACAGCCUCUAACUCUACAACUGUGCCCAGUGCAACGUUGCUCAAUACUUCAACUGGACCACUUUCUUCAGUAACAGAAGGUCAACCAGCCUUGUCCAUAGAAGUCAAAUUUUAUAUCAGUGUCAUCACUGUGGCGGCUGUGAUUUUUCUCAUUUUCCUGAUUAAGAGGGGGAAAAUGAACCUUGGAGUGAAAAAACAAGGUUUCCAUCGGUGUUUUGGGAUCAAACAAGAUGUAAAGGGUCCUGUGCAAGAAGUGUCUGAGGAUAUCACAUCAGUGCAAGUAAAGAACUGACCAAUCGUGGGUAGGGAGAGGUCUUUAAUUGAUCUCAAAUUGACAGCUCGGUGCCUAUACCUGAACUGGAGAACAAACCUGUUCAUUGAUCAUGACUUUUCAUCAGACCUCGUUAUGAAUUGGCUUUACUUGGAAUACUGUAUGUUAUUUGUUAAUAUGCUUCCAUACAUUCCUGAGGAGGGCCUGGGAAAUGUAAUGGGAACAGACAUAUGGUAUUUCGUUGAAUCCUUACAGUACAGAAGGAGGCCAUUCUGCCCAUCAAGUUCAUGCCAUUUCUCAUAUUCAGCAGCUAGAAUACUACUUCAGUGCUCAUACGGGUGAACUUUCUGUAGUGACUUAUGGAAGCAUAAAAAGUGGCUUGAUAACCAUCUAUUCCUUGGAACAACGUUCUCAUUGGUGAGGUGUUCCUAUUCAAUGUCAAGGCCUAAAGAGUUGGAAUCCUUCCUUCAGAUCAAGCAGCUUAACUUGGGACAUGGGACAGCUGAGAAAUAGUUCAUUACACCAGUUGUUUGUGUCUGGCCAAAAAUAUUUCUGUCUGGCAAAGUAAAUUCUAGUAACAUCGUUUAAACGUGGAACUCAUGCUCCACUUUUAGUCAGAGGUGUGCAGCACUCUGGCUCCUGCUUAUCUCCUCUGGCCUGUCCCCACUUUUCCCUGGAUUUACAAAGCGGCUUGAGUUCCCUCUUGGACAAUACUUCCUCCAUCCCGCUGUCAGACCACUGUGAAUACAACAACAAUUCAACCUCUUGAGGAACCUGAG